GAGGCGGUACCUCGUUGCCGGCCUUGUAGCCAUUUUAGGAGGAAACCCGGUUCGCUAGUUUGGGGCGCGGCUUCAAUUUCAAUAACUUUAUUGGUCUCCUUGUACGCCGAACAGCCGGCGUGCGUGUAGCCACGCGAGCCGGGAGCGCAUCGCCCGAGGUUGCCCCCGACUCGAGCUGCAGCCAUGGGAAACACUACCAGCGAGCGGGUGUCCGGGGAGCGCCACGGAGCCAAAGCUGCUCGAGCUGAGGGCGGCGGCCAUGGCCCGGGAAAGGAGCACAAGAUCAUGGUGGGGAGCACGGACGACCCCAGCGUCUUCAGCCUGCCCGACUCCAAGCUCCCCGGGGACAAAGAGUUUGUACCCUGGCAGCAGGAUUUGGAUGAUUCUGUGAAGCCCGCCCAGCAGGCCCGGCCCACCGUUAUCCGCUGGUCUGAAGGAGGCAAGGAGGUCUUCAUCUCUGGGUCCUUCAACAAUUGGAGCACCAAGAUCCCUCUGAUAAAGAGUCAUAAUGACUUUGUUGCCAUCCUGGAUCUUCCAGAGGGAGAGCAUCAGUACAAGUUCUUUGUGGACGGACAGUGGGUUCAUGAUCCGUCAGAGCCUGUGGUUACCAGUCAGCUUGGAACAAUUAAUAACUUGAUCCACGUCAAGAAAUCUGAUUUUGAAGUAUUUGACGCUUUAAAGUUAGACUCUAUGGAAAGCUCUGAGACAUCAUGUCGAGACCUGUCCAGCUCACCCCCUGGGCCUUACGGUCAAGAAAUGUAUGUGUUUCGAUCUGAGGAGAGAUUCAAAUCCCCACCCAUCCUGCCCCCUCACCUACUCCAAGUUAUUCUUAACAAGGACACGAAUAUUUCAUGUGACCCAGCCUUACUUCCUGAGCCCAAUCAUGUUAUGCUGAACCAUCUCUAUGCACUGUCCAUUAAGGACAGUGUGAUGGUCCUUAGCGCAACCCAUCGCUACAAGAAGAAGUAUGUCACCACGCUGCUGUAUAAGCCCAUCUGAGGAAGACGUCACACCUUGCCCCCAAGGAUUCUGGAGAAGCAUCUCCCUUGCCUUUGAACUGAGCUGGCCUCCUCUGAGGCUGGCAGGCUGAUUUGUUUUGAGGCUGAUGUGUGUGUCAGAGCCUCUGAUAGGAUGCUCUGCUUUGCAUUUGAUUGCAGAUGAGAGCUUUAUGAGUUCAUGGAGUUUAUUUUAAGAAACACAAAACCAUAUAUAUGCAUAUGAGAGAAAGGUUACUGGAAGCCUCCUGGCCCCGCUGUACACGUUCUCUCUGCCUGUGGGUGGUCGCCAGGGCCUGACUGGGAAGCGGUGGCCACAGGAAUGGGCAUCCCAGAAGCUUCUUUUUCUAAAGUGAGAGAAUAGCAAACUCUUAGGAUCUUUGUUGGGCAGAGGUUCUGGACCAUUGGUGUCCAGGGGUGAGAUGUGUGCCAGGCUGCUGCCCUCCUUAGAGCUGCCUCAGUGCAGGGUGGCUUUCCUUGCAUGGACUGAUUCUGUAUCCCCACACUAUGUGACACAAUCUCCUGUGUGUUUAUAUGACACUAGAUGCCCUACAAGAACCCUUCUCAUUUUAUGUACCCAAUUCAAUAAGUCCCCUCAGAUCUCAUACAUGACAACUCACUGGGCAAGGGACCCUUCUGAAAAGUCUGUGUGAUUAGACUCUCCUGAGGAGAGACUAGAGGUGCCAGGGUCUCCUUUUUAGCUCAGCAAAGGCCUAACCCAGUGUGUUACAAUUUAUUUUAACAUCUAGGGGGAAAUGCAGAUCUUUUUGUUUUAGUUUGGUCCUGUGUAUUGGCUGUGAGAGCCUGUUUCCAGUUUUUCUUAUCAGAGCAUUCAGUUUGUAGAUAGGUUUGGAAUUAGGGAAAACUUCCAUAUCUUUCAUCCCUGAAAGAUUUUUUUUAUGUGCCUACAUUUUUCUUUAAUUAAAAAAAAAAAAAAAGCCCUUAUCCAUCCAUUUUAACAGGCUAUUAAAGGACCUCAGGCUUUUGACAAAUGGUUCUUAAGAUUUUCUUCUCUAGUCUAGGCAAUUCUACAGUCUUGGGUUAAUAUGGCCAGCCAUGUGUACCUCGCUACCCAAGCACAGCUCUAGGCACAAGUUCAUGCAGACUCACUGGAUGCUCAUGCAGGCUCACUGGGUGCUCAUGCGAGGUUUCCCUACCAUUAAAGAUGUGUGAGGCAAGGAACUACCCCCGGUGUUCAUAACCGUGCACAGUAUUGCUCUUUGCACCAAAUAUUAACAAAGUAUUUUUUUCUUUCGCCUCUUCCUUUUAAAUGUGUUUGAUGAUGGAAUGGGGUCACUGAUAACCACUGACUGAGAAGUAUUCCAACCUACUCAGGAUUGAAAGGAAAUAUUUUUCCAAGUAUUUUGACACUUCCAUUUUACAGAUAAAUGUAAGUCAAACAUUAGGCACUGUUUAUGGUUGAGAGACUUCCUGUCUCCUGAGAUGAGCCAGCCACACUGAAAGGGACCUGCUGGUCAGUUCACCUACCUCCUGGCUCUCGCACAUGUGGGUGGCACAGCAAGUCCUCUGCACACCUCUGAGACUUCUGAUCACAAGGGUGAAUAGGAAGAUGGGGAGGUUUCUGUUCUGCAGGAGGUACAGAUUGCUCAAUGCCUUGGUAGAUGAGUCCUGGGAGAUGCUGCUUCAGCCGUCCCAAGCCACCUCCCUCAGCUGAGACUCUGGAGAACCCUCGUGGUCCAGUCAGCUUUCUGAAUAGUGUUCCAUUUUGAAAACCAAGGUCUCAUCUUGGUUUUUAAUCAACUCUAAGACUCUUCAGUUAUGUGGAAAGGUUUUAUUUAUUUAUUUUUUCUGUUUUUCCUCAGUGCUGAUUUAGAAGUGGGCCACCCAGGAGGAUUCAAAAGCCUCGCUUGUUUCACAGUAGGAUUGUGGUAUCUACACUUCCUGUUAAGAGUCUAAGCUGGCAUCAUCUGUGUUUGUGCAUUAAGUUUUUACCCCACAAAGUUGUAGCUAUGGAAGGAAGGGUGGGGAAAGCUGUCUUCAGUCUCUCAGGCUGAUGCUUCCCCGACGGGUGAGGCUGUGGUGAUAGAGAGGUUGGUGCUGAUGACGUCAUCUGGAAAUGAAGGAGAUAGUUAGAAGGGCUGGCUGAUAACUCACCAGCACUGUCCCUGUCCUGGCCCCUGACCCUGGGGAAUUCUGCCCCUGUCACCAGGAAACACUUGUGAAGAGACAGGGUGGGUACUGCUUUUCUUUAGUUACUUUAAGGGGCAGUGUGUUUUCUACAAUAAAAAGUCGGACAGAAUUAAGAAACAAAUCAAGGCAAAACUAUUUCUUUUUCUUUCCCACCUAGGGGAAUUUUGCAGGGUCAGUUGGUAGUAAAGCGGCCCUUAAGGAGGCUAACAUACAGGUGUUAUACCUGUCCUGUAGAUCAGUGCCUGUGAGGCCAGGGAAGCAGUGAAGGAGCCCAAGGGUGAUAGCAGGAACUGAGGGCUCAGGGAGCUUGGCACUGGAAAUGCCCCCUUAAAGAGUUCAAGCAGACAUAACCUGGUACAAACCACUUAGCAGCCCAGAAACUGUCUUCUCUGUCCUCUUACCCUGUUCUCACCCUUUCCUCUGCGUUCUGUCUGACUUCACUUAUCAGUAAGACAGGUUCACCAGAGUCUCAAGGAGAAAGACCUAGACAGUGUGAAGAGCUUUCACUCGAGCCAUGGUUAUUAGCCUCCUAUCAACCUAGACCUGAGUCGGAUUCACACCUCUGAAGGGCUCAGAUAGCUUCUUCAAGAACCCUGGCCUCUUGGGCCGGAAGUACAAAGGAAGAAAACCCGUUUCUGAGAGAAACCUUCGCUCAGCCGUCCCUGUUGGUUUUGGUAUUUUGUAGAUCUAAUGGAUCUUUCAUAAACCUUUUGAAAAGUGUCACUAUUGCAUGCAUGCUGCUAAAGUGAUGUGACGUGGAAGUGGGAACAGGGCUUUUAAAUGUUUGACCUCAAAACAAUAUGCAAUAGUCCCUGUGUGUGUGUGUGUGUGUGUGUGUGUGUGUGUGUGUGUGUGCGCACAUAUGUGUAUGUGGUAUUCAUUCUGUUCUCAGAGAUACUUAGUCCUCAUAUUCUUGUGACCUGGGGCUUAAGAGCAGAUAAAUAUUUUGUUGGUGUGUUAUGACUAAUCCUCAAAGCCAAGUUCUUGCUGUCUUCUGUCAGCCACAGACCCCAGUUACUCAUGAGUAUGAGACCGGGGAGAAAUAAGGGUCUUUCAGGGCUCUGGAUCUAGGCAUUUGUCAGUCCUUAAGUGACAAUCGCAACUGGAGAUUGGAAGACUGAUUUCUGCAGUGAACAAACAAACGUGUUUGGAGUAAAA